AUGGCAUCUGCAUGGGAUAACUUAUUAAAAGAAUGGCUUAUUGACACUAAAACCGUCUGUCUAGCAGGAUUAUGUUCUAUAAGUAGUCAUUCAAUAUAUGCUGCUUGUUCAGAUGAAGGUGAUCCAUGGAAAGAACUAAUUAAGGAAGAUCAUGAAGUAAAUGUCACGCAAGUAGAUGGUGUUUCUGAAGCACCUGAGACAGUUAAUGAACUUUCUACUAUAAUAUCAGCUGUUAGUGAAGGUUCUUCACCUAAAGGGGUAUGGGUAGGUGGUAAGCAAUAUAGAAUUAUCAGUGUAGAAAAAGGUUUUGAACAAAACAAUAUAAAUGUCAUUUUUUGCACAAGAAACCAAGGUGGUUGUUUUCUCGUAGAUACAGGUAAUGAUAAUGUAGUUAUAUGUGUCUAUGAUGAAACAAAGAAUCAAGUUGCAGGUAAUUGUAAAAAGAAUGCCUUAGUAUUUGCAGAAUACCUUGCUGCACAAGGUUACUAA